CGUAAUGCGCAAGCGUAAACAACAGAAGUGGUUUUUAUUUCGUUAAUCUUUUCACACACAACGGAUCAAAGAUAGCUUGGGUCUAUUCAGACUGUACUAACAGUUUGGUUUAGUUAAGGCUUUGGCGCUUAAUAUAAUUUCGUACGGUAAGCGUUUAAAAACAUAUAUAUAGUGUAACGACCCUGGGUUUAUAAGCGCGGAAAUCGACUCUGCCGCACGAGCAUGCUUUUGCGGCACUUUCGAUGGCGCGCUGGACUUCGGGCUAGAAGGUCGAGGGUUUGAGACCUGCUCCCUGCUGUUUCAUUACAAAAUAUAAUGAGUCCAUUCAUCCAGGAUGUAUCACAACCGGCCGCGAUUGGGAGUCCCAUAGGCGGCGCACAAUUGGCCCAGCGUCGUCCGGGUUUGGCCGGCGUAAGCUGUCAUUGAUACAUGUUAACACUGCAGCAUCAAGAUGUCGUACAUGCUGCCGCAUGUCCACAACGGCUGGCAGGUCGACCAAGCCAUUCUAUCCGAGGAGGACAGAGUCCUGGUUAUUAGGUUUGGCCACGAUUGGGACCCAACAUGUAUGAAAAUGGACGAGGUGUUGUACAGCGUAGCUGAAAAGGUGAAAAACUUUGCAGUCAUCUAUUUGGUGGACAUCACAGCGGUGCCGGACUUCAACAAGAUGUACGAGUUGUAUGAUCCUUGCACCGUCAUGUUCUUCUUCAGGAACAAGCACAUCAUGAUAGAUCUGGGGACUGGUAACAACAACAAGAUCAACUGGACCAUGGAGGACAAGCAGGAGAUGAUUGACAUUGUUGAGACCGUUUACCGAGGGGCGAGAAAAGGACGAGGUCUGGUCGUAUCUCCUAAGGACUACUCCACAAAAUACAGAUACUGAUUGGUUCUUCCCUUUCCAUUGCUUUGUGUGAAGUCCAAUGGGAGCAAAUCUGUCCUUUCAUUAUGAGACUUUCUAGACAGCUGGACUACAAAAAGGCUCAGAUCGAGGUGUCCUGCUCUCUUUUAUGUUAUAGCCAAGUCAUCUUUUUUCAACAGCAGUUAUAAAAAACAUAAUUUGGUGUCUUUGAUUUAAUAAAUGUUAUGCUCAUAUUUUAUAUUGCCAUUUAGUUAUCACUUCACAGCCUGUAUUCUUGGACCCAGAUUGAUUAUUAAGUCAAGGACUAGCUUCUCAAUAAGGAAUCUCCAUUGAAAGAGUGUUUUUAGUGUAGGACUAGGCUUAAUCUGGGUCUGGAAAAUUGGCCCAUAUGUUUAAUCUGUAUGUAUAUGUGACUUGUUUCUUCUGAAAUGCUAUGGGUAGUGCUGCGAUGACAGGAAGCUCGAGGAAAGACUUGGAAUUCUUCAACCCGAUCGUAUUGUUUAUGAACAGUUGAAUAAACAUUGUGUUGUAUUAUAGAAAAAACUAUGUAUUGUGUUUACAUGGUAAAAUCCCCCACAAAUGACAUCCCGUUAAAUGAGAAAGCAAAUGCCAUAGGCUGUUACAUAACAAUAGAUCAGUAAUAACCUGCCUAUGUGUGGCCUUUUGUCAUCCCACAUCUGUCUUUAGUGGAACCUCAGAAAUCAAGUGAAGUUAGCUGAUCUGAUAUGUGUUAACCUGAUGGCUUGGUCACUUAGGAGUCUGCUGCUCAUCCAUACCAGCCUGGGUCAUGAGGUCGGCAACAUUCUUCUCCAGGUCAUCAAUUCGAGUCCCCAUGUCAUCCAGUGGGUUGGUUAAGGGCAGUCUUGCAAUAUAUGUAGUUAUUAUACACUGUGUCUAGGUUGUACAUUAAACAUUUAUUUGUAGAGAAAAUAAAUUCAAUUCAUAUUUUAUUCUCAAAUCCACUAGAUUAGGACUUUCAUAUAAAGCCUUUUUUUAAUCUGAUUAAAAAAAAUAGCUGCAA